AUGGCAACUGAGUUGAAGGAUAAUUUAAUAGAUACGCACGAAAAAGAAAAUAGUAAUCCACGAGCUAUAUUUUAUAAAAAACCUAUUAAAAAAGAUAAUUACAACUUGGAUGUAGAUAAUAUUGACACUUUUCAAGAAAUAAGACGUCGGAGAUUGCUGCAAUUUCAAAAAAAAUGUCGAGAUAUUGCGUUUAAUGUUGGAAGAGGUAUAUUAGAGAAAUCAUUUAAUUCUGAAGAUGAAUGCGAAGAAGAAUUGGAAAUUCAAGAAACUGAUAAGAAGAAAUAUCAUUCCUUUAAACGAAAUAAGUAUUAUGCAAAUCAGUUAAUGAUGUCUGAAUGGAUGUUGGAAGUACCUCAAGAUCUUUUAGAAAAAUGGAUUAUGGUUCCAUGUCCACAAGGAAAAAGGACUUUAUUAGUUGCAUGUAAAGGUAUAACGAAAGCAUAUAACAAACGAGGUAAUAAUUUGAGUAAAUUCUAUUCAGCACUUCCUGGUGGUAAUUCAUUUGAACAUAGAAGUAAUUGUACUAUUCUGGAUUGUUUAUGGAUUAAACAACAAAAAACUGAAUUUAGGUUCUUUUGGUUAAGAACAAAAUUACAAGAAAUUGAAGAAUUGCGCACAAGAGACACAUAUAGAAAUAAUUUUCCUAUAUUACCUUUACCAAAUAUCAGUUGUGAUACUGAUAUAAGUUUAGCAUUAGCAAAUCUUUCCAAUUUAUAUCCUUUAGAUGGUUUAUUAUUUUAUCAUAAAGAUGGACAAUACACUAAAGGUCGUACACCACUUGUAACAUGGUUAAAACCUUUUAUGUUACCUGAAGUACUUGGUGUUUCCAUUCCAUCACCACUUGAUGAACAACCUGAUGGUUACAUAGAUUUUGUACAUUAUAUCUUUAAUAGUCGAACUAAAAAAAGGAAGGAAGAAUCAGAAAAUCAAGUAAGUUUUUUUUAAAGUGAGUAUCAAUUAAACAAUUGAAUAAUUUGUUUAUUUUUAUUUAUAGAUGGAUAUUGCAGAUGAAAAUUCCUAA